AUGCGAGUAUUCCAAAAAGUCUACGAUCAAGUUCCUGAGGACGCUUCAUUGAGUAAAGUCAUUUGCAACGACCUUAUACAUUUGCUUGGUCGAUCGGGCUACAUUGUCCCCGAACUCUGGAAGCUAGCCGUUGGAGGUACCAUACCCUGGAAGUUGCUCUUUAAUGCGUUCAAGGGUGCGGUUACUUUGAUCCCUACAGAUGUGGUUGAGGCCAUCUUCUGUCCAAAGACGGCAGAUUUCGAAUUCUCCAACAGUUUAUGGGAAUAUUGGACACAGGAAUGGACACUUGACAUGUUCAUCAAAGCCGAGGAGGAUGUGUGGGACGAGAAGAAAGCUAUAUGUCCUUCAGAAACGUCCCCACAGGGAUUGGACUGA